AUGAAUAUAGGCGCGUAAAUGAAAGCGCUGCGCCAAUUCACAGUUUCAUUCCCGUGUAACAGCUGAUUAGCAUAGUGCGUUAGUAUACAGAGGCUUUUAUAAAUAACUAUUGUUUAAUAUUAUCCACUUGAAGAAUAACAGCUAUGGAUGUAUCAACAUCAACAACUUCAACUUCCAUGGCUAGUGACAAUCCGGGGUUAAAAAGAAAGUUAAAAAAUGGAAAAUGGGCCCGUAACAAAAGAAAAGAUAAACGUAACAGCGGCAAAGCGUAUAAAAAUAUAGCUGGAAAUUAUGUAUCUCGUAAACAGUUUAGAAAGAUAGAACAUUGUUGUCGGGCCCAAUGUUUUUCAAAUUUUAAUAGAGAUCCCCAAAAAGAGUUUUUUAGAAAUUUUUAUGUUUCACAAGAUAAAGAAAAGCAGGAUACUUAUUUAAUGAGUUGUGCACAUCGUGAAGGAGUUAAACGUCAUAAACUGGCUCCCGUAACAAAAAACCGAGAGUUUUCGUGGAAGUACAGUUUAAAAUUACAUGGAAAAGAUAUAAGUGUGUGUAAAGAGUUCCUUAUUAGUUUAUAUCAAAUCAGCGAUGGCAGAAUGAAGACCGUAUUAAGGUUUUGCAAACAAGGCGUUUCCCAAGCUACAGAAAAUCGUGGCAAACAGCCGAAUCCUAAAAAAAUACCUGAUGAAGUUUGGGCCUUAGUUAAAGAGCAUUGGUUCCUUAUACCUCAUAAAAAGUCACAUUACGGAGGUAAAAAAACAGAAAGAAAGUUUUUUACAAACCCAAACAUAACGGUAAAAGUUUUGCAUUCCUCGUUUUUGAGUUAUUACCAAGAAAAAAUAGGAAAAUCUGCUACUCUAAAAUAUAAAGCUUAUCACAAAUAUUUUCGUAAGAAUUCAGAUUAUUCAGUGCGUGCGCGCAAAACUGACGUUUGCGACUUUUGCACCGAGUGUAACAUAAAAUAGGAAGCAAAUCCAAAUGACCCUUGUGCCGAAAAAUAUCAUAGUCAUGUAAAUAGUUUCAAAAAAAAUGCUGCUUUAAGAAAUAAUCUUGUGAAAGUAACUGCAAAAAAUGACAACUUUAAGACAUCCGUGAUUGAGUUUGAUUAUGCUCAAAAUUUACCUCUCCCAAAACAACUAAAUGUGAAUUCGGCAUAUUAUAAACGCCAACUAAACAUGUACGUUUUUAAUACUCAUCAUUUCAACGACGAAUCAAGUAAAUUUUUUUUGUUUUCUUGAAUCUGAGGGCAAACAAAACGCAAACUCCGUUUGUAGUUUUAUGUACAGCUUUGUAAAUGAAAAAAUAAUUAAAAGUCCUGAAACAAAAAAUAUUAUCUUUUUAUCAGAUUCGUGUGGAGGUCAAAAUAAAAAUAAAACUCAAGGAAUAACCAUAACGCACAUUUUACCAAUUCGCGGUCACAGUUACUGUCAGUGUGACAGAAACUUUGGCUGUUACGGUACUGUGUUGAAAAGGCAUGAAGUAAUUGAAACAGUCGAAGAUUAUUUAAAUUUAAUGCAAACUUCUAGAACGAGGCCCAGUCCAUUCGAAGCUAAGAUAUCUUCUUCUUUACUUGAAGAUUGGGAGUCGGCUUUGGAACCUCUUUUUUUAAAAGCGCCUGCAUUGAAAGGCAGUACCUUUACUAUUCAGAAGUAUGUAAAAUUAAUAUUCAAACCAAAUAAAACUUUGGUAGCUUAUCAGGACUUUGAUGAACCUGGCCACACUUUUAAAUAUUUUAAAAGGAAAGUUUUGUUCCUCAAAAAGAAGAGUUAAAUUUGCAAAAAACUCCCAAAAUUGCUUUACCACAACCUAAAAAGAAUGAUGUUUUAUCUUUUAUGCGAUUUCUCAAAUCUGAGAACCGUAAUUUUUAUGAUGGAGCUUUUGCUGAGUGCGAGGUAAAUGAGAAUGAAUCAGAGUUUGAGUCCAAUGAUGAUUUUUUAUAAAUAUUUAAUAAUAAAAUGUAAUUUUGUAACUGAUGUAAUGUAACUAAAAAAUGGCUUU